AUGAACGCGGUGCUGCCCGUGGGCGUCGAGUACGUCGGGUCGGCGCCGCGCACGGUCGUCACGCCGCUGGGCGCGCGCUGCGUCCUGGGCCUCACGACGGCGAUCCAGGCCUUGCGGGGCGUCGCGGUCGUCGGGCCCCACGGCGUCGGCAAGGCGGAGAUCUGCAAGGACCUGGCG